AAGGCGGGGCCUUUGCCUCUGUUGUGUGCGCCGCCUGUACUGGAGCGAAGCUCGCGUUUGUGAUCUCUUCUUCAGCGACAAUAGACGGAACCAAGGGGGAUAUUCUGGUGAAGAGAGAAGAAAUCAAAGAUGGCGCUGAAGUUUCUGAACAAGAAGGGGUGGCAUACGGGGAGCCUAAGGAAUAUCGAGAACGUUUGGAAGGCGGAGCAAAAGCAUGAUGCCGAGCAAAAGAAGCUGGAGGAGCUUCGUAAGCAAAUUCAAGAGGAGAGAGAGCGUACGGAGUUUCGUCUUCUUCAGGAGAAGGCAGGCUUGGUCCCUAAGCAGGAGAGAUUGGAGUUUCUAUACGAUUCUGGUUUAUCCGUAGGGAGGACUGAGAAUUCUGAAGGAUUUAAGGCCCUCGAAGCUUUCCCGAAGCCCGAUGCCGGUGACGCACCUUCUUCCUCGGCUUCUGCAUCUAAGCAGCAAACUGCUCCUGGUGCUUUAUUUGAGGACAAGCCUCACUCAGCCAAUGAUGCUUGGAGAAAGCUUCAUUCUGAUCCAUUGCUCAUGAUUCGCCAGCGUGAGCAGGAAGCACUUGCAAAAAUAAAAAACAACCCCAUCAAGAUGGCCAUGAUUAAAAAAUCAGUUAAAGGAACAGAACCUGAAGAGAAAACUCUUGACAAAAAGGAACGAAAGAAGCAUCGUCAUAGUAGUUCAAAGCAUCACAAGCAUUCAUCAUCAAGACACCCGUCUGAUCCUGAAGAUGACCCUUCGGAAAGGAGAAAGAGGAAGACAGGUCACGGUUAUAAGCAGCAUCAUAAAGCCCACUCAGAUUCAGAGUAUGAUUCUGGUGAAGAGGAGGGGAGAAGAAAGAGGAAGCACAACGAAGAUAGAAAAUACAUAGAGAAGUCCCCCAGCCGCAGUCCAAGGCAAAGAGGUACAAGAGACUAUAAUAAAAAAACUGAUGACAGAUAUUAUAGCAAGUCCAAGUCAGAAAGAUAUGCUUCAGAUGGUCAGUCAAAUGGUGAUACCUUUAAAAGUGGCAGGGAGAGUGAGCGGGAAGAUAGGAGCUUCAUUGAUUCUAGCUCUAAUAGAUCGUCACAGUAUAAGCGAAGAAAUGCAGUACCAAAACUUUCAGAAGAAGAGCGAGCUGCUAAACUCAAGCAGAUGCAAUUGGCUGCUGAGUUGCAUGAAGACCAGAGGUGGAAACGGUUAAAGAAGGCAGAGGAGAAUGAUGCAAAAGAAGUCAUCCAGAGUAGUACAUCUGGUGGUAGGAAUUUCUUGGAUGCAGCGCACAAGAGUGUCUAUGGUGCUGCUGAAGGUGGGAGCUCAUCAAUAGCGGAGAGUGUCCGCCUUCGGACACAUUACUCUCAAGGUAGGUCCGAAGCAGGUGAAGGCAAUGCAUUUAGGCGCUGAUGUACUUGAAUUCUUUUCAGCUUCUCCAAGAAGCAGAAGUUUGAAUCCUAAAACAAUUCAGCUAACCACCCCCACCUUUUGGUGUGAUGCGCUUGGAUUUUGAAUGCUGCUAUUGCCAAUCAUAGCUAUCCACGCGGUCUUUUCAGGCUCGGUCAUGUGAUAUUAUCCCUGUAUCAAUCUGUAAUGCUGUUUAAUUUGAAUUUAUCUUGAUUUUGGAAGAUCCAUGUUUCAGGGGAAUAUAUGUACAACGGUGUUUAAGGUUUUAGGAUUUAUUUACAUAAAAUAAUAUGAUAGGAUUCAUCUUGAAAAUAUUGGGAAAACAAGUAGAGUAUAUCGUAUGAGAAGAAGUGAUUGAAA